AAAAUAUCUGUGCCCUGACAGUUCAGCAGGAGGAGGAGAGGAACCAUUAUUAGAGCCAUGCAGGAGCAACAAGGCAUACCUCUGGGGAAACUGAAGCCGCAGACACGAUGUUUGAGAUGUGGGGAGGUGCUGGAGUGGUCAGAGGAACACAGUGUCCUGCUGGGCUGUUCCUGCUGUUCUACAGUGGAUGAGACACUGGAGAAUGUUUCCAGAGGCCUGGCCAGCAGAAUGAAGAAGGAGAAGAGCCCCUGGGCGGCGGGAAGGGUGGGCGACAUUGACUUCAUCGGCACUUCUAAGACGAGAGGAAAGUUUGUGAGGGUGCGCAGCAACACAGACCCAGUGCAGAUCUACCAGAUGCUGACAGAGGAAUGGGGCCUUGCCCCCCCACACCUGGUGGUGUCACUGGUGGGAGGAGAUGAGCUGGCUCAGAUGAAGCCCUGGCUCAGGGACACUCUAAGAAAAGGACUUGUGAAGGCUGCACAGAGUACAGGGGCUUGGAUUCUGACUAAUGGCCUUCGCUUUGGCAUCACUAAGCACUUGGGCCAGGCGGUGAGGGAUCACUCGUUGGCCAGCACUUCCUCUAAAGUUCGUGUAGUGGCCAUUGGCGUCACACCCUGGAACAUGAUCCACAACCGAGAGGCAUUACUCACCAGCAACUACACCAAGGUGGACGAGCCUACCGCAUACAAGCCACAGGACUUGCCCCAUGGCUCGGUGUAUUCCCUGGACAGCCACCACUCCCACUUUGUGCUGGUGGAGGAGGAUCCCAACAGACCGGGGGCCACCAGUGAAAUGAGGGUGAAGCUGCUCAAGCACAUCUCUCUCCAGCGCACUGGUUAUGGAGGUGCAGGCAGCUUUGAAAUACCUGUUCUGUGUCUCUUGGUGCACGGAGAGCCCAAGAUCCUAAAGAGAAUGUACAAAGGCAUUGGCAAUUCGACACCAUGGCUGAUCCUGGCAGGCUCGGGAGGCGUGGCUGACAUCCUUGUCACGCUGAUGAAUAGGGGCUGCUGGGAUAUGGACAGCGUUCAUGAGCUGCUGCUGGACACCUUUCCAAAUGCCCACCACAGCACGGACAUCAGUAACUGGGUCAAGCUGAUCCAGAAGAUACUUGAUCAUGGGCAUCUCCUCACCGUCCACGACCCUGAACAGGAGAGCUCUGAGCUUGAUACGGUCAUCCUCAAAGCUUUAGUCAAAGCUUGUAAGAGCCAAAGCCAGGAAGCUCAAGACUUCCUGGAUGAACUGAAGCUGGCUGUGGCCUGGAACAGGGUGGAUAUUGCCAAGAGUGACAUAUUUAAUGGAGAUGUGGAGUGGAAGGCCUGUGACCUUGAAGAGGUGAUGAUGGACGCACUGAUCAAUGACAAACCUGACUUUGUGCGCCUCUUUGUUGACAACGGCGUGAACCUGGGCGAGUUCCUCACCUACGGUCGUCUACAGGAGCUUUACUGGUCUGUGUCGGAGAAGAGUCUCUUUCACAACCUGCUCCUCAAAAAGUACGAGGAGAAGCAGCUUCUGCUCGGAGCUGCCAGAACACCUGGCCCACCUGGGCACCACCCGCCGGAGACAGGGGAACGCAAGCCUCGCUUCACCCUCUACGAGGUCGCCAAAGUGCUCAAGGACUUCCUCCAUGACUCCUGCAAAGGCUUUUACCAAAAGAUUCCCACAGAGAAACCGGCAAAGGGUCGACUGUUCCACAGCCAGAAGAACCUGCCGGAGUUAGAGCAGCGCUGCGAACAUCCUUGGAGGGAUCUCUUCCUCUGGGCUGUCCUUCAGAACCGACAGCAGAUGGCUAACUACUUUUGGGCUAUGGGCCCUGAGGCGGUUGCGGCAGCUCUGGCGGGUUGUAAGAUUCUGAAAGAGAUGGCUCGACUUGAAUCUGAGGCUGAGUCUGCACGUAGUAUGAAGGAGGCGAAGUAUGAGCAAUUCGCCCUUGAUGUCUUCGGAGAGUGUUACUCCAACAGUGAGGACAGGGCUUAUGCUUUGUUAGUGAGAAGAACACACUGCUGGAGCAAAUCUACCGUCCUUAACUUGGCCACUGAGGCUGAUGCCAAAUCCUUCUUUGCCCACGAUGGAGUUCAGGCUCUCCUCACAAAGAUAUGGUGGGGCGCCAUGACGACAGACACAUCCAUCUCCAAACUCGUGGUGUCUUUCUUCUGUCCACCACUCAUCUGGACCAACCUCAUAAAGUUCAGCGAAGAGGAAUUUGAUAAUCGCAAUAACCGCGAGGAGUUUGUGGAGCUGGACAGUCUGGAUACAGAAAAGGCUUUGCUGAUGACUGAUGACGAUGACCCUUUGGACUCUUCAUCUGGAGAUCCUGCAGCUCAGAGCUGUGCGUCUGUCUGGUGGCGUUACCUGAUCCGCCGCUGGCGUCGCUUCUGGAAUGCUCCUGUCACCGUGUUCCUUGGUAAUGUCAUCAUGUACUUCGCCUUCCUCUUCCUCUUCACCUACGUGCUCCUGCUAGACUUCCGCCCACCGCCUCCCUUAGGCCCCGGAGCCCCGGAGAUCAUGCUCUACUUCUGGGUCUUCACCUUGGUGCUCGAGGAAAUUCGACAGAGCUUCUUCACGGACGAAGAGAUGAACAUCUUGAAGAAGUUCAAACUUUAUGUGGAGGACAACUGGAACAAGAGCGACAUGGUUGCAAUCUCACUCUUUGUCGUUGGGGUUUCAUGCAGGAUGGCGAAGAAAACCUAUGAAGCAGGAAGGACAGUUCUGGCGAUCGACUUCAUGGUUUUCACUCUGCGUCUGAUCCACAUCUUUGCCAUUUAUAAGCAGCUUGGCCCCAAGAUCAUCAUUGUGGAAAGAAUGAUAAAGGACGUUUUCUUCUUCCUGUUCUUCCUGAGCGUGUGGAUGAUUGCGUAUGGCGUCGCCACGCAGGCUCUUCUCCACCCCAAUGACCCGAGGAUUGACUGGGUGUUCCGCAGGGCCUUGUACCGCCCCUACCUGCACAUCUUUGGCCAGAUCCCUUUGGAGCACAUAGAUGCUGCUCACAUGCCUGACAUCAACUGCACCAAUAACUCCGAGGAGAUUAUUCUGGGCCUACGGCCGCCAUGUCCCAACGUCUAUGCCAACUGGCUGGUCAUCCUGCUGCUGGUUAUCUUCCUUCUUGUCACCAAUGUCCUGCUGCUAAAUCUGCUCAUUGCCAUGUUCAGCUACACAUUCCAGAUAGUGCAGGGUAACACAGACAUCUUCUGGAAGUUCCAGAGGUACAACCUGAUAGUGGAGUACCACAGCCGCCCAGCACUCGCCCCACCCUUCAUCAUCAUCAGCCACCUCUCUCAGCUCUUCCUUAGCCUGAUCAAAAGGCCUGUGUCCAAGCAGGAGCAUCUUGAGAGGGAGCUGCCGGAGGGGCUAGACCAGAGGCUGAUAACAUGGGAGACGGUGCAGAAAGAGAACUACCUGGCCAAGCUGGAGCGGCAGCAUUGGGAGAGCAGCGAGGAGAGACUCAAGAGCACCUCUUCAAAGGUUCAGAGCUUGCUGCGGAUUGUCGGUGGGUUCAAGGACCAGGAGAAACGACAGCAGUCCAUGGAGGCUCAGGUCAGAUAUUGCGGAGAGGUGUUGUCCUGGAUGGCAGAGUGCUUUUCUCAAAGCACACUGAAGUGCGGGACAGAUGCUCCAAAGGUUCCAAUGUCUCUAACAGGCUACCAGGCAAGCGGCUCCACAGACUCACCUCAAAGUCAACCAGAGAAAGAAGUCAAACAGGAAGUGGCUAAAGCCAGACCAGGGCACUCAGGAUAUGGAGCGAACAAGACAUUUCCUUACAUUGACGAAUAGAGUAACAGUAACUGGUGGCUCACACAAAGCUAUUUAUGAUGCUAUACAUAUUAUUAUAUUUGUGAUUUUCAAUAUAUAAUAAUAUAUUUGAUAGGGGUAAAAUUGGGAUUUAUUUAUUUGGUUGGACUUAAAAUGAUUAAAAUGAUGUUGGAUUUUUCUCAGAUGUUGCCAUGGUUAUUGAGUGAUGGUGCAGGAAAAUGUGUAUAUAUCUUAAGAAACAAAUUCAUUUCAUUCUUAAAAUAAUAGCUUUCAAUUUGAAAAGAUUUGCCAAAUUAUAAUAAUCUGUAAAAGAUUACAUUUCAGGACACAUUAAUAGUUAUACUGCCUCCCGUUGUUGUAAGACAAGAUAAUGGUAUUAUUCUUAUAGGACAUAUUUUAACCUUAGUGCAGCAACAAAUACAUAAUUUAGAUAAAGAAAUGUAUAAGAUGAAGUAAGCUGAGCUUUCUUUUUAAGGCUAUUUUCAUCAGUAUUGGAUGUUAAAUAAAUGCAUAGGAAACAUUA